AUGAUUAUUGUAUAUGGUCGUCCAACUAUUGCACAUUCAUUUCAAUUUAGCAAAUGGAAGGCAUUUAUGAGAGAACGUAAAUUAUGCUAUCAUCUUACGAGAUGUACUUGUCAACAGCUUACUUUCGAGAAUAUUAUACAUAAUUUUACACAGCAAACUACAGUUGCAAAAAAUAUUAAUAAUAUUGAACACAACCAACAAUCGAUAACUAGAAAAAGCUCGGAAAGAAGUACAAGAUCAGAGAUCAUCGAAUUUCUCGUAAAAUAUGGCUUAUCAUAUAGCUUAACUCCAUAUUUGGGUGAUAUUCGUACGAAAUGUUUACAUUGCAAUUCAUUGGAUACAGCAUGCAUUUCAUUUCGUGACACUAGCAUAUUAUGCACUACAUGUGGUAAUACAACUACAUUUGAUAUUUACAAGAAUUUAUUAUUAAAAGAUAUUAAACAAGAGCCAGUAAAAGAGAUCAAAUCAUCACUUAUACUACAUCCAUUACUACAAAAAGAUCCAAAAGAAGGUAUCUGGAAAUACGUUACAACAUUACAAGUACCAAAAAACGAUAAAUUUAUUACUGUUAAAGAAGAACGUAAAAAAGGCAAUCAUUUGCCUACAAUGGAUGAUCUAGAUUCAGACCUAUAUGAUCGAGUAAGUUAUUUGGAUCUUAUAUCACAAUAUGAAGAACGUGAACGUCAAAGAAAAAUGAAAGAAGCGGAAAAUUUUCGUCUUUUACGUGAACAAGCUGAUAAGAUAUCACCACGUGUAUUUGAAGACGAUAAUAAUCCAAAGCAUUCUUCCGAUGCUGUAGCUGCUUCAUUAAAUAUGUCAUCUGAUCCAACUCUUCGAUUGAUAUGGAUGGAUGCUAUAGAUUUGCGUGAUUUACAAGAUCAUUCUGAGCAAAGUGAAUUUCUAGUGCUAAGAAGACUUCUUGGCAUUGAUCGUAUAUCAUAUGAUACCCUUUCACGAUAUCAUAUUAAAGGACAUUUGGAUAAUUUUAUGAGAGCUGGAUUGUGUUAUCCAAGAUAUCGAGGACCUAGUAGUCGAGUACGUUUACCGGCAGGAUUAAAAGUUAUUCGAAAAGUUGGUACUGAUUGUUUGGAGAAAGAAAAUUAUCCUGGUUCAGAUAGUGAAGGAAAAUUACCAUUUUCGGGAAUUUUUGGUUAUCAUUUGGUUACGGCAUCAGAUCGACGUAUUGUGCUAACCACAAAUGAACGUGAUGCAUUAGCAGUAUUUGAAGCUACCGGUGGAAUGCUAUGUAUAGCAUUACCAAAAGGUGAACAAUUGGAUACAAGUGUACUUCCAUAUUUGGAAGAUUUCGAUAUGGUUUAUCUUUGGUUUCCUUAUGUUCAGGAAAAAUAUGCAAAAGAUUAUGCAUCAUUAUUGAAUGCUAAUCGUUGUUUUAUUGUUGACAAUCAUGAACGUCCAAUUGAAUUGUUACGUUCGGAUCGUAGACGUGAAAUUAAUAAAGCAAUUCGAGAUGAAUCGAUUCGUUUACGUGGCAAAGGAUUUCGAUCAUUAAUUGAUGUACGAAGUGAAUUGAAAUCUGAGCUAAUUAAGGAUCAGAUGAAGAUGAAUGGUGUUGCGCAGUGGAAACGAUUUGAUUUGUUGAAUCGAUUUAUGCGCGGAUUUCGACCUGGUGAGAUGACCGUUAUAACAGGAGGUACUGGUUUUGGCAAAACAACAUUUCUUUGCGAAUAUGCUCUUGAUCUUCUUGUUCAAGGAGUUCGUACUCUAUUCUGCAGUUUUGAAAUGCCGGAUGAAAAAAUUCUGAAAUGGAUGCUCGUACAAUUUGCAGCAUUACCAUUGUAUAAAGUAGAACAUCAUCCAGCUGUUGAAUUAUGGAUUGAUCGUUUUGAACGAACAAAAGGCGAAUUAAUCAUUAUGAAAGCAGAUGAAUUCCGAAAUCGUUCUGUUAGCCAAAUUGCUAAUGCAAUAAGAAAUCAAGUGAUAGCAGGUGAAAUUGAACAUGUUGUCAUUGAUAAUUUGCAAUUUCUAGUAGGUCUUGCAAUUCUAAACGAUGAAACAGCAAAUUCAUUUGAACGAUUUCAUCAACAAGAUCGUUUUAUUGGUUUGAUGCGAAGUAUUGCUACUGAUUGUAUGACACAUAUCACAAUGGUAGUUCAUCCUCGAAAAACUAACGGUGGCGAAGAUCUUGAUGUACAUCAUUUUGGAGGUUCAGGACGAGUUACACAAGAAGCAGAUAAUGUUUUUGCAAUACAACGACGACGAGAUGAAGCAGAUCGACGUAGAUUUCGCAAAUUUUUAUAUAUUCUAAAAAAUCGUUAUGGUCAGAGAAAAGUUGAGGAUGAUAUGAUUGAGAUGAUUUUUCAACCGGCAACAUAUACACAUACAUUGAUUGAUCUAUCAUCAACAGGUCCAACGAGUUCAUCCUCAAAGUGA